CACAGCGUUUGGAGAAAAGACGAGUGACGUCGCCAAGCGGAGGCGGUCACGUGCCCCGCGUUCUAUUUCCUUCUUCCUGGUUUUCUUCGCCUUCUGACAUCAAGCCCUCGCCUCGGAUAAGAAAAAUGUCUCAUCAAACUGGAAUUCCAGCUUCGAAGGAGGUGAAAGAUAUUUUUGCCAAAGCCAGGAAUGGAGAUUAUAGACUUCUGAAGAUUGUGAUCAAAGAUGAACAGCUAGUACUCAGCGAAUCCAAGCGGGCAUCCCAGAAUUGGGAGGAAGACUACAAUUCCUUAGUUCUCCCUCUUCUUGAUAAGGAUCUACCCUGCUACAUUUUAUAUAGACUGGACUCUACUAAUAGUCAAGGACACGAGUGGAUUUUCAUCGCCUGGUCACCAGAUCACUCUGCUGUGAGACAUAAAAUGCUUUAUGCUGCUACCAGGGCAACAGUGAAGAAGGAGUUUGGGGGUGGCCAUAUUAAAGAUGAAAUAUUUGGCACUCUGAAGGAUGACAUUUCUUUGAGUGGUUACAAGAAGUACCUCAGAUCCCAGGCUGCACCUCUUCCACUAACAGCUGCUGAAGAGGAACUGCGACAGAUUAAGCUCAGCGAGGUGCAGACUGACAUCGGUGUGGACACCAAGCAGCAGACGCUGCAGGGUGUGGCUUUUCCUUUGCAUGGAGAAGCCAUGCAGGCCAUGCAGAAGUUCAAGGACAAGCAGUUCAACUACGUCCAGCUGAAAAUCGAUUUUGGAAAGGAGCUCAUCAUGUUGUCAAACACUGAGCAGACAGAGCUAAAAGAUUUACCCAAGAGGAUUCCUAAAGAUGCUGCGCGCUACCACUUCUUCCUCUACAAGCACACACAUGAAGGAGACUAUCUGGAGUCUAUAGUGUUUAUUUACUCGAUGCCAGGCUACAGCUGCAGCAUCAAAGAGAGGAUGCUUUACUCCAGCUGUAAGAAUCCUCUUAUAGACAUGGUGGAGAACAAACUGCAGAUGGAAGUAGUGAAAAAGUUGGAAAUCGAUAACGGCGAGGAGCUGACUGCCGACUUCCUGUACGAAGAGGUUCACCCCAAACAGCACGCGCACAAACAAGCGUUCGCUAAACCAAAAGGCCCCGCAGGAAGGAGAGGCGAUCGCAGGAUCACUCGACAUCCUGGAGACGGCGAGGAGGCUGACGAUUAAACGCACAUCUAACCACAUUCCAUUCUUUUUAUUUUUUGUGUACUCCAGUGGAACAUUCCAAACAACGGAGGCCUGUUUUACAUAAAGCUAUCUACCUUUAAAAAAAAAAACAACAUAUGUAUAUUUUCUCCCCGAAUCAAAGCAGAGACAGCAGCCUCAUAAUGAACUAUGCACACAUUGGAACUUCCUCAUGUCUGCAUGUCUGUAGCGAACUAAAUUUGGUUUAAAAAAAGAAAUGCGUUCAUUAAUGCCAGGACUACAUCUUGAUCUGCAGUACCAUAGAUCAGACACGAGACCGCAUCAUUGCAGUAAAUACCACAUACUGACAUGUUUAGAAUUACAAGCAUGAAUGUUGGUAGAGCUUAAUCCUCUAUAGGAAAGUUAUAUUUGUACCAUUGAAAAAAUUCUCAUGUAUUUCGCAUCAUCAGCGAGUGCAGUAAGGAUUGUUAUAUUAAACGGUUACUACUUUAGCAUAAGCAUGUAAGCUCGGAAAUGUGAACAGGAACAACAAGACCUCCAUGAACCCAUUUUCUUCCUUUCUCUUCCCUCUUUUUUCUUUUUUUUUAAUUCUAACUUCAAUGUAAAAAAAAAAAGGUUUUGUAUUUUUUACAUGAGGCCUAAGUUAUAAGAUGCAUUCAACACAAAACACUGUAUGCUCACAUUUGACAAACUUUGGUAUUUUAACGUUCGCCAUUUUCGCUUUUUAUAUCACAAUAAAACUAUCGUUUUUUUUAUACAACA